UAUAGAUGGUACACUUCUAUGCUUGGGAAGAUGUCAUCAGUUCCUGAUCUUGUUUCCCUCUUUCGUGGACACAGUGUGUACAAUUAUGCUAUAACAGUGUUUAUUCAGGGUCAAACUCGUUGUUGGGCCAUCGGCUGGUCAUUUCAAGGUGCUAGGCUUCCUGAUGUGUGACCUUCUCGUUGA